CAACAUGAAAAUGACGCCCAUUUUUCAGGAAACGAAACUUCUGAGAUGUUAAGCUCCCCAGCUCUUCCUCAGCAGAUACUUUCAUGGUGUGUGGAGCAUACGAACGUGAUCAGAUCUAACUGAGAGACUGACUGAGGGUCAAAUGCACGAUGACAUGUGUGCUGUUCUGUGAAAACGCACACCUGCAUUAGACAUUACCGGAGAAUGAAGUGUCCUCAGUGCAGUUUUGUGUCUUUGGAAAAGGCACCAAUCUUCUGCAGUCAGUGUGGCUGUAAGCUGACAUGUCAGUCAAAUGAGACCGCAGCAGACAAGCCACAAGACAAGUUUCAAACAUCCUCAAACAUUCCACAUGGUACCGAUGCAGAAAUGACUGAUAUAGGACGUGAAUCAGAAGCAUUGGAUUACCAGAAUGCCAAUAUAUCCCCAAAACGACAAAAUGAAGAUAUAAUCCCAAACCCAAAGAAAAAGAAAAGAAAGAAGAAGAAGAAAAAAGCAGGUGUUGCAGAGGGCCAUUCGUCUCUGACCUCAGAUCUCUCUGAUAUAUCGCUGACUGAAAAAGAAAAGAAAAUGGAGGAAGACCAAUCUUCUGACAGUGAUGGCUCUUACUGUACUGUAGAUGACAUGCCUAAACCGGCUGAAUCAUCCUCUCAUCUAAGCCCUACUGAAACUGCUGAGCUAAAACAACAAGCUGUCUCUGCUUUACCCAUAGAUGCUGCUGUAAGUCACUCAGAUGAGCAGCCUAAUAGUAGCAAAGAGAGUUGUGUAGUACCUGAAAUGACAGAAACAUCUAAGUUGCAAUUGACCCAAGAGCUGAUCAGCAUUAGCACUGACAAAGCUUCUCCAGCAGUGACCAUGGAAGCAAAUGAGAAAGAUGAAGAUAAAGUAAAAUCUAAGAAUAAAGGACAAAAGAGUGUGUCCAAAAGAAAGCAAACUACUCUAGAUCGAGAUGGUGACAUGGACCAGAAUGCAAACAUAAAGAGCAGCACAGGAAAUCAAAGGGAGACAGAUGAUCAUGAUGUGGGGGCACAGAACAACCACAGCUCCAGUGGUGAUACUUCAGUGAAGGUUGAGCAGAGUCAGAAGCAGCAGUCUGCUUGUGCAGACCAGAAGAAUACAGCAUCUGAGAAACAAAAUAAAAGUGAGGAAGCAGAAACCAGUGAAGGCAUACAGCAUGUCUCAUCUCCUAAAACAAAAAAAAAUCAGAAUCAGGAACCACAGAAUUCAUCACAGGUCAUGGUGUUUGGCCCACAGAAUAAAUCUAAGAAGAAUCACGAUUCCAGUGCCGAUUCUUCAGUGAAGGUUGAGCAGAGUCAGAAGCAGCAGUCUGCUCAUGCAGGCCAGAAGAAUACAGCAUCUGAGAAACAAAAUAAAAGUGAGGAAGCAGAAACCAGUAAAGCCAUUCAGCAUGUCUCAUCUCCUAAAACAAAAAGAAAUCAGAAUCAGGAACCGCAGAAUUCAUCACAGGUCGUGGUGUUUGGCCCACAGAAUAAAUCUAAGAAGAAUCACAUUUCCAGUGGAGAUUCACCAUUGAAUGCUGAGCACGGUCCGAAACAACAGCAGUCUAAACAUGGAAAGAAAGAUUCUGCUAUGGACCAGAAACGGAAAGAAAGUGAUGAUACAGAAAGUCAGUGUGUCACGCUCCCAAAAAGAAAUCCAGCAUCAAAUCAGCAUAUAAGUUCCAGUGACAAACUCACCAUUUACUUUCAUGCAGUCCUGUCAAAACACUUCAAGUUUAAGCCAGAGGAGGAUUAUAUUUUUAUAAGAGCUGGUAGUCACAUUGGUAACUGGGAAAAAGAUCUAAUCGAACUGUUUGUGACACGGGAUCUUGGGGAGCAUGGAUUUCUUGUUGAAGGGAAAUUUGUAUGCAAAAGAGCUGAUGCUGCAUCUGUGUCCAUCCCCUACAAGUAUGUUGUGUAUAAAGCAAAAAAGCAGAAGUAUGAAUUACAUUAUGAAUACAUAUACAAAUUGGAUUCAGAUGAAACCACCAACAGAUGUCUGUUUGUUAAAUCACAUCUCUUAAAUGAUGAAGGGGAAUGGCAUCAGUAUGAUGAUAUCAUCUGUGCAGAACCAUCUAACAAUAUGUUUGAAUGGAUCAGAAAAGCUGUUUGGCCUGAUCAUAAGAAAGGUGUACUCCAGGGGAGACAAAUUGCUGGUACAGUCAUGCUGGGAUCUAUUUUUGACCUCCUGAGAAGCUGGAGCAAAAUGAACCUCAGCAGCUUCUUUAGUCAACUCAGACAGUUUUUUGAGGUCUAUGGAAACCCUUUUGUGUUUGAAAAGACACAUACGAAAUGGUACUCACUCGAUUACAGUGAAAAAGAUGUGAGAAAGCUUCUGAAGCAGUUCAUGCUGGAGCGGGUGACUCCCGAGUUACAGAAAGACAAUGAGGAAAAGAGUGAAUUCAUCAAGGAGCCACUGAAGGCUGGCCUUAUUAUGCUCUAUGUAUGGCAACAGUAUCGUUUAGAAUUAGACAAGGGAACUCUUUCUCGUCUCUGCACUGCCCUGUGCCUGCCAAAAUUGCCUAAGGAUAAAUUCCUAUCUUUCUGGACAGACAUAACAGAAUCAUUCUCAGCAAUAGAAAACUUGUCUGACAUGGUGAAGGAACUGAUCAACAGAGUGAGAGCAGAGGACAUGUCCAAAUGGGUCAUUGUAAUUCCACUACUGCACCUUCUCAAGGGCACUUCAAAACCAUUUGAGCCAGUGUCUUCUAAGGUCAACACACAAUAUGAUAUGAGCUGGGCUGGACUGCAGGGACUCAAAUCAGCUAAUAUAACUUCCACCAGAUCCCAGGAUCGAAGGGCAAUGCUCAAUCUCAUGAAGACCCAUGGACAUUUGGUGGAGGUGGACAAACUGCUGGCACGGUCUUGGAUGUAUCUGAUGACCGUAGAGGAGUUGGUCGAGUGCAGCUCUAUCAUCCAAGCAGAGCUCCUGGACAUUCUACAGCUUUUCACCAUGAAAUGCCCCAAUGAUAUAACCUUCUUAACAUCCACAAGUGUAGCAGAGAUUCUGGCACACAUUCAAAGUUACUUGUUUGAAAAAAAAUACAGCUGUCCAAAUGAGGAUUAUGGCAUUCAGUGCAUACAAGCAACUUGCAAACUUCUACAAAAGAUCUGCAAUCUAGUUCAUUACUACAGCUAUGGACGCAAUUUCACUGAUAUUCCUGUUGGUUGCAUGAACCUUGUCGCCUCUGUAUCAGGAUUUGCCCAGACAUCACAACAAGCAGACGCUUUUUCUGAGAAGAUACUUGCAUUACUCAAUGAGGCCAAGCAAACUGUCAGAGCAUGGAGCACACAAACUUUAAAAGGUAGACUUUUAAACAGAAGUUAUGUGACGGGUGCCAGCUUCACUACAGAAAUUGAGAUUUGGAAUAACAUUGUAGCCAUAGAUUUCAUGAGUAAGGACUUCACUAAAGAAUGGAGAGAGACAUUUACAACAGACUUUGAGGGGAAAUAUCAACAGGAAGAUCAACUGGAUCAAAUCCAGGUUUAUUGUUCAAAGAUUGAGGAACUUAAUGGCUCCCAUCCUUAUUUGGUGGGUAGUGUCGAGAAGUGUGCUCUCCAGGCUGUUACCACAAUAUGUCAGACUAAAUCCGAGGGGAAACUUUUUGAGAAAUUAAACGAAUAUCGGAUAAACUGGAAAUUUGGAAAGCUUGUGUCUACCAUCAUCCUUAAGUCCUGGCCAAAAGAUGACAAAGGAACCUAUCUGGAGGAAGAAGAAGUUGUUCUCAAACAUCUUCUGGGCUGGACAGCAGCUAAGAAUAUCUUCCAGCUUCAUGGUGCUGAUGAAAAACUGAUUGAUCAGCUUUCUGAUGAGGCUAGAGAGAAAUUUGCCAUGGCAACCUCAUUAUUCUCAAACAUUUUAAAUCAAGUUGUGACUGGGAAAAUAGCAAUAAAGCUACUCAAUCACAUACUGCAAAAGAGGAGCGCUUUCUUUGAGCUGCUUAAUUUAGACUGUUUUUGUGAGGAUGAAAAAUACAAGGACACCAUUGCCAUGAGGAGACUUCUUCAGUCUAGACAAGAGGAGGUGAAGUCUAUUAAUCAUGAGAGAGCACUGGUGGAUGCUCUUAUUACAAUGAGCCGCAAUCUGCAAGAGCAUGUGAUGGUUGAUUUUGAAGGGUUGGAAGAAAAACAGAAUAUUGACAUUGAUGAGAUGGACUUGGACAAGUUCAUGGAAAUUCGUUCAAUAAAUCAGAUUCCCUCUGAAAUGUCAGGAGUAGUCACCUACUUUGAGCUAGAAGAUGAUGUUCGAUCUAUGGCAGAGGUUCUAAACCGCUAUAAAGACAGCUACAUUUUUAAAUCGUGUUGGGUGAAACAGGCAGCAGUGUUUGCAAAGAACUCUAAAGAUGAUGGAAUAAUAUCUUCAGAGGAGGAAUUGGAUAUCACACUCGAAGAUCUUCAUAGUGAAAUAUUUGAACCAUGUUAUGAUGCCUACAAAAACAUAUACACAAGGCUUAAAGAUGGUAGAAUAACAUUUGAAGAAGUUGAUGUAACAUUCAAAGCCUACAAGGGAAAAUAUGAUGAACUGGAAGCUGAAGUUGCAAUUAUAUGCAAACUGGAUCACAAUGAUGACCAGUGCUGGGUCCAGACAAGAAUCCAGCAGAUCGAGCAGUACCAUGAGCUUCAUCUGGCAGUGGAGUCAGCUCAGGUGGUCAUGAUGGUCAAACAAACACUCGGCCUACAAGGAGACUUUCAAGUUUUGGAGAAGUUGCUUGUUACUACACACUUGGAAUUUAAACAGGAGCGUCUUGACAGCAUUGACAAUGAGUUGAUGCAGGCAAAAACUGUGCUCGUGGACAUCACAGAGUCCCGUAGACUGUGCCUUAGGGAGCUUGGCCUCAGAAAGAAUUUUGUUAUUUGGGUUAAAGAGGCUCUUGAAGACAUCAAUGAGUUGAAAGUCUUUGUGGAUUUGGCUUCCAUCUCUGCCGGAGAGAAUGAUUUGGAUGUGGAUCGUGUAGCCUGUUUUCAUGAUGCAGUUCUUGGCUACUCCUCAAUGCUCUAUGAUAUGAAGCCAGAUGCUGGCUUCAAGCACUUUAAAGAAAUGCUGAAGAAACUAUGGAAGGCACUUGACAAUGAUCCCAACCUCCCAAAGAAAUUGUGUGACUCUGCAAGACACAUAGAAUGGUUGAAAACAGUCAAGGACAGUCAUGGGUCAGUGGAGCUGUCAUCUCUAUCUCUAGCAUCGGCUAUCAACACAAAAGGCAUCUACAUUAUCAGUGCACAAAAUCAAAAGAAGUUGUGUUUGGAAAAUAUUCUGAAGCUACAUAUUAUGGAAGAGCAUGAUGAGGGCUGUGAGAGGCGUAUUUAUUCUCUGGAAGACCUCCGAGAUCUUCAAAAUAAAUUGAUGCUAAUGUCUGGCAAAGGAGAUCAGGGCCAGUGUGAAGUCGAUCAGUUUGCAGAGGUUUUUGCCAGUGUACAGAGGUUGGGCUCUGUAUUCAUUGAUUUGUUUGUUGCUGGAAAUCCAUUGUUCAGACACUGGGAGGCAAACAUCAACUGUAACAGUAAAGAAGCAUGUAUCAUUUUGGACUUCAAUUUAGGGAAUGUUGUCAGUGUUGUCAUGGUGGAAGGCGAUGUCACAGAACAGCUGCCAGAAGUCUGUAAGAAAAUGGAGAGCUGCUUAUGCUUCUGGAAAGAUUUUAUGGACAAGCAGAGAUCUCAACAUUAUUACUUAAACUAUUACACUGCGGAACAGGUAGUCUACCUGUGCCAUCAGCUAGCCCAGGGCAAUGUGGCUGCAAUGGAAGAUCAAGUUCUUAUGAUGCUCUCCUUUAUCAAAUCUAAUUGCACCACUUCAGAUUUGAGACAGGCUUGGCACAGGCUUCAGUAUGAAGUAAUUAAAAAGGUUCCUGAGCAAAAUGAUGACUUAGACUUUCAAACUUUUAUGGAAGUCCCCAGUAUGAUGGAGAACGAGAGUAUUGAGAAGCCAUGCCCAUUGAUUGAUGACUUGGCAAGCCAGUUGGAGGAUGCUAUUGGGUCAAAAAAGCUAGGUGUGAUUUGGAAUGCUUACAUGCGGAACAUGAACAAUUUUCUGCCAGACUCCCUUGAUGUCAGAAGACUUGGAUAUCUUCUUGAAAUUUUGGCCAACAGCCCCAGCGAACACAAGGCUGAUUCCUCACAGGAUGACAGAACAAAGUACAUUCAGAGAGAACUUCCAAAUGGAAUGGCUACUGGAAAACCAAAUUUAAUCAUCUGCCCUUCUGAAGAAAUUCUGAUAUCUUGCAUUUCAAUAUACAUGAGCAGCAAGGGUCAGCCUCUACCAACCUAUGAUGAAGUACUCCUCUGUAGUGCUUUCACUUCUUAUGAAGAAGUGGAACUUUUCCUCAGGCGCUGUCUCUCUGCUGGCUACAAGGGAAAGAAGAUAUACACAAUGCUCUAUGUGGACCAACUUACCUAUGAAGUCAGCUACAAAGUGGAACAAUUUUUUCAGCAUCAAAGUGCACGGAGCAGAAAUGAUUACAGACUUGUUUUGGUCUGCAGCUCUAACAGAGAACAUGCAUACCUUCCUUCAGCUUUUAGUCAAUUUAGAUUGCACUUGAUUCCCCAAGAACCAAUUGUCAGUAUUCAGCAAUACCUUGUUAGGCAUUUUACAGUACCAGCUGACAUAUCCAGUGCUGCUGCUAUGUUCAAAGACAGACAGUGUGUGGGUGUUGUAUCCUCAGAAAGAUCAGGAGUUGGAAAAUCACUUUACAUUAAACGAAUGUAUGAGAAUUUGAAGAUCACCAAGAAGCCUUCACAGCUGAAGUGCAUCAGGUUAAUUGAGCCAAGAGUUGAUGAAAAUGUCAUCAUUCAGUCCUUGCUCAACAGCCCCAAGAAAAAGCUUUCAGUCUAUCAUUUUGAUGUCACCACCAUGGUAAAGAAAGGACUUCAUGAAUUUCUGUUCAGGCUGCUGAUCCUUGGAUACCUUAUGGACUCCGAAGGAAACAUGUGGAAAAGCAGUAAUGAGCACUUGUAUGUCAUCGAGAUACUAAGACCUGGGACAUCCCGAAAUGAUCGAAGAGCUGGUGCAAAAGUUUCAUCUGCCUUCUUGGAUGUGUUUCCAAGUGUCUACUGCCGUCCACCCAAAGAGGUCCUUGAGUUGGAAAUGAGAAUACAAGAAGAUCCAUCAUUAGAACAGGGCGAUGAUCCCCUUAUGGAUGACCAAGAGUUCAAGAGUGAGGCCUACCAACGGCCUUAUCAGUACCUGCACCGUUUUUACAAUGGUGUCAAUUUGGAUGCUUUCAUGUACCAAGGAAUUGAGGGAACUCAUGUUGAAUGCCUGCAGAUGUUGUUUGUGUAUUGCGGCAUUGUAGACCCCUCCUGGGCAGAGUUGCGGAAUUUCACUUGGUUCCUGAACUUACAGCUUCGGGAUUGUGAGAGAUCGGUCUUCUGUGAUGUUUCUUUCAUAGGGGACACUCUUUUGGGAUUCAAAAAUUUUGUUGUUAAUUUUAUGAUUCUCAUGGCAAAGGAUUUCGCCACUCCUUCACUUAGCAUCUCUGAUCAGAGUCCUGGGAGACUGCACAAUGACCUUUCUUCUACCAAUGAAGAGGAUCUGGCUCCGUUUAGGAUAAGAAAACGAUGGGAGUCGGAACCACAUCCAUAUAUUUUCUUCAAUGAUGACCAUGAGUCCAUGACAUUCAUUGGCUUUCAUCUUCAGCCAAAUGCACAGAAUGGGAUUGAUGCAAUUGAUCCAUCAACAAACAGAGUGAUCAAGCAGAACAUUAUGACCAGAGAGCUCUAUGAGGGCCUCAAACUACAGAGAGUUCCUUUUAAUGUUGAUUUUGACCAGCUCCCAAGAUGGGAGAAAAUUGAGAGACUUUCCAGGGUGUUGGGAAUACAGUGGCCGCUUGACCCAGAUGAAACAUACGAGCUCACCACAGAUAACAUUUUGAAAAUGUUAGCAAUUCACAUGCGCUUACGCUGUGGGAUUCCUGUAAUAAUCAUGGGUGAGACAGGAUGUGGGAAAACCAGGCUAAUAAAAUUCCUUUGUGAGAUGCACAGAAGUGGAGUUGCCACCGACAACAUGAAAUUAGUCAAGGUUCAUGGAGGGACAAGCUCAGACAUGAUUUACACCAAAGUGAGAGAAGCAGAGGCCAUGGCGUUAAGAAACAAGCUGGAUUAUGGGUUUGGCACUGUGUUGUUUUUUGAUGAAGCAAACACAACGGAGGCCAUUAGCAGCAUUAAGGAAAUCCUUUGCGACAACACUGCUGAGGGAGAGGAUUUGACAGGUGACACUGGCUUGCAAAUCAUUGCCGCUUGCAACCCAUACAGGAAACACACGGAUGUAAUGAUCAAGAGAUUGGAGUCGGCUGGUUUGGGAUACAGAGUUCGUGCUGAGGAAACAGAUGAAAAACUUGGAUCCAUUCCACUUCGCCAGCUAGUGUACAGAGUGCAGGCCUUACCACCUAGUAUGAUUCCACUAGUUUGGGACUUUGGACAGCUCAAUGACCAUACUGAAAAAAUGUACAUCAAGCAAAUAGUCGAAAGGGUAGCUGAAACCCAUUCCAUUGAUUCAGACUAUGUCACAACCAUAACAGAUGUUCUGUCAGCCUCACAGAAGUAUAUGCGAACAAGACAGGAUGAAUGUAGUUUUGUGAGCCUUAGGGAUGUGGAGCGCUGCAUGCAAGUUUUAGGCUGGUUCUACAAAAACCUCCCAAUGUUACUCUCAGAGCUUGCCCAGUUUGAAAGUAAUCAGAGAGCAGAGAGAAACUGUCAACAUCAGAGGGAUAUUGAUGAAAGAAACCCAAUUCUUUGGUCGUUAAUUAUGGCUGUUGGUGUAUGUUACCAUGCCUGCUUGGAGGAUAAAGAGAAAUACAGAAAAAAAAUUUGCGGGUACCUUCCAAAGACUUACAGCCCAAUGAAAGUGAUGCAAGAGAUCUCCGUUAUUCAGGGUCUUUUUUUGAGUGGUGUUCCGUUGGGUGAAACCAUUGCCCGAAACAAUGCCUUGAAGGAAAAUGUCUUCAUGAUGGUGAUUUGCAUUGAACUAAGAAUACCUCUGUUUUUGGUUGGAAAACCUGGAAGCUCCAAGUCCUUGUCUAAAACUCUGGUUGCAGAUGGCAUGCAAGGCCAAGCAGCCCAUUCUGAUCUGUUUAGAAAACUGAAGCAAAUUCAUCUAGUUUCCUUCCAGUGCAGUCCUCAUUCUACACCAGAUGGGAUUAUCAAUACAUUCAAGCAAUGUGCCCGUUUUCAGGAAGGCAAGAAUCUAUCAGAGUAUGUCUCAGUGGUAGUGCUAGAUGAGAUAGGUUUGGCUGAGGAUUCCCAGAAAAUGCCUCUGAAAACUUUACAUCCUUUGCUGGAAGAGGGAUGCAUAGAUGAUCAGCCAGUACCACACAAGAAGGUGGGAUUCGUCGGUAUCUCUAACUGGGCAUUGGACCCAGCCAAGAUGAAUAGAGGGAUAUUUGUUUCACGUGGUGAUCCUGAUGAAAAGGAGUUGAUUGAGAGUGCAAAAGGAAUAUGUUCCUCGGAUGCCAUGAUCCUUGAAAGGGUGAGAGAUUACUUUCAGCCAUUUGCCCGUGCUUACCUGAACAUCUGUAAAAAACAGGGAAAAGGUUUUUUUGGCCUGAGAGACUAUUACAGCUUGAUAAAGAUGAUGUUCACUGUUGCCAAAGCUAAUGAUCAGAAACCUACUGCAGAACAGAUUGUGAGGGCUGUGCUGAGGAACUUCAGUGGCAAGGAUAAUGUGGAUGCUGUCACAGUUUUCACCAGCAGACUAAAUAUCAAACCCAGGCUUGAGGCUAUCAGUGCCAUUGAGCUUGUAAGAGAGAACAUCGCAGCCAUUGGACAAGAUGAAGAAUGCAGAUACCUUCUGGUUCUGACCAAAAACUAUGCAGCCCUUCAAAUUCUUCAGCAGACAUUUUUUUCAGACCAGUACCAACCAGAGAUUAUCUUUGGUUCAAGCUUUCCAAAAGACCAGGAGUAUACUCAGAUAUGCCGCAAUAUUAACCGUGUCAAGAUCUGUAUGGAAACUGGCCAAACCGUUGUGCUUUUGAACUUGCAGAACUUGUACGAAAGCUUGUAUGAUGCCCUCAACCAAUAUUACGUUAGCCUUGGCGGUCAGAAAUAUGUGGAUUUGGGGCUUGGAACCCACAGAGUCAAAUGCAGAGUGCACAAAGAUUUCAGGCUCAUUGUCAUUGAAGAGAAGGACAUUGUGUACAAGCAGUUUCCCAUUCCAUUGAUCAACAGAUUGGAGAAACAUUAUCUUGACCUCAAUACUGUACUAAAGAGUGAGCAAAAAGACCUUGUUGAGAAGCUUGAGCAGUGGGUUCAAUCCUUCAUUUCUGCUAGAGGCAAGCACUCAAUUGCUCCCCAAGCACGCCGUUACUUUCCAGCUGAUGCUUUCAUUGGCUACCACUCGGACACUUGUGCAUCUGUUGUGCUACAAGUUACAGAGCAUAUCAAAGGGCAGGAGCUCUCAGAUCCUAGAAAAGUGAUCUUAGAUGAGGCUAAAUUGAUCCUUUUAAACUGUGCAACACCAGAUGCCGUGGUUAGGCUGGACUGCACUUCCCUGUCCAAUGUAGAAAGUGACCACUUUUCAAGGGUAUACUUUGAAGACCAGAAGCACAGUUCCCUUGCUGACUUCAUCCUUUCUCACCUACAGCAAGCUGGGCCUAGCCAUGCCUUUUUCACAGAGGUGACUACAUUCUCAAGGCUUCUGACUGCUGCAGAAACUGAACAGCUACAGAACGUAGUUCAAAACAUAGAGCUCCUUUCACUACAGCAAUUUGACACUGAACACUCAUUCCUCAAGAAAAUCAAGAAUUAUUUGGAAAACACCACUGGGGACAAGAUACUUAUCAUCCAAUCCGAUUUUGAUGAAGGCUCCCCAAGGUUAAAUGUCAUUGCAUCUGCAAAGUAUUCUUCUAUCAAUGAAAUCAACAAAUUCAGGAAAGAGGACAAUCAAAAGGUUUUUGUGUACUUCAUCACUAAACUACCCAGAAUGGAUGGUGGAACUUCCUACAUUGGAUUUAAUGGUGGGCCAUGGAAGUCAGUCCACAUUGAUGACCUCAGAAGAUCGAAAGAUUUUGUCUUUGAUAUAAAAGCCUUGCAGUGUCUGACCAUUAGCCAGCUGUUUGAAGAGAAAGCAGAUGAACCUGAAGCUAUGGAGGUUGAUGACAUGUACACAGAAGAAGAAAAGAUGGAGCUAGAAGACAAUACUGGCUGGAAGAAUGUUCUGGACACCACAGCACUAGUGCGAAGCUGUGUUCAGAGUGCAGUUGGCAUGCUAAGGGAUCAGACAGAGACAAGCACCCGUAGCACCAAGAGAGUAGAGAUUCUGCUAAUGCUCUUAGCUGACAACAAGACUGUACACGCUGAAUUUCUGAAAACUUUAAAGAAGCGACUUCAUUUUCUAUUGAUGACUCAUGAUGAAAACACAAUCUCUGCCAAGAGCUGGGUCUCAAAGGAAGCACUAAAUACUGAUGCAUUGCAAGAAGGUGGGACUUUUAGACAUGCCCUGUGGAGGCGAGUUCAAGCAGUAGUAACUCCCUUCCUUGCACAACUUGUUUCAAUUAUUGACCGUGACUGCAAUCUAGACCUCUUGCUGGAUAGAAAUUCUGAAGAAUCUUUGAAGAAACUGUGGUUGGACAUUUUUGGGGAUUUCAAGUUACUAAAUGUUCCUUACACAAGAGUGGAAAACAACUCUGAGACGAAGACAAUCUUGGUUCAGAACCACAUUGCAGUCGACAGGAACAUAGGUUGCACCUUGCCUUUCAGCUGGAGGAUUAAAGAUUGUCUAGAGGAAGUCUGGGUGCAUGCUUUGCAGCGAGAAGGACAUUCUAUAAAGCAAUUUGAAGAGUUCUUUUGGAAGACCCCCUUGGGCAGGUGCAUCUCUGAAGCAACCCAAGAGAUGCAGAUGGAGUUUUUCCACAGGUAUCUCCAGGAUUUUAUCUCCAUGACCAUGAAUGUAACAUCAGAGGUGGAUCUCAAGCUCUUACGUGGCACCCUUACUUGUGGUGUACAUGAGCUUAGAGGCGGUCAGGAAGCACAUGAGACUGAAGUCAUUUCUCUGGCAUGGGUUCAUGCUGCCUACCAUCAUUUCAAGAACCGAAUACAGAACCUCUACAGGAUGAUCAGUAUAGAGCCUCAGAUUGCUCACAUGCUAAUUGAUAACAGAUGUGCCAGAGAGGGCACAGAAUUGGUGUUAGAUAUGUACGCUGCUGUGGCCUGUAUUGAAUACCUGGAGCCCCAGACUCUAGAUGGAGAUGUUCAGAGUCUGACCUGGCUUAGACGUGUAAAAAAACUACAGGUCCCAAUUGAGCUGGUCUGCUGUGAGGAGGGCCUACGCCACUAUGGAGAGAAAAGCAAACAGAUGGUCACCCACAUCCAACAUGGCUGGCGUCGCAUUUGCUCUCUGGCCUUGUUUGUGGAGCACAUGCUGCUGGGUGUUGGAGAUGUGAGGUUGAAACUCAGGCCACUAGUUCUGGAACACACUCGACGCCUAGCACAAGUCUUAGAGCGGGACUCAAAUCUCAAAAAGAGGCAGCCGUUUGAGGCAGUGAUCACCAUACUCAAAGCCUGCAAAGAUGGAGCAUCUCAAACCAUUUUCAGGUUUGGCAUUCAGCCUUGUCCAGUGUGCAUGGGAGACCCUCAGGACCCUUUGAGUCUGCCCUGUGACCACAUCUACUGCCUAACCUGUAUCAAACAGUGGCUGGGGCCUGGCCAGAUGCACUGCCCUCUGUGUGUACAGGAAGUGCCUGAUGGCUUUGUGCUCAAGGCCUCUGAUGAAAUACGGGAUCUCAUCAGUCAAAACGCAUUGUUCAGAAUGAGAUGCAAUGCUUUCUUCAUUGAUCUGGUCACUACUGUGUGCUUCAAGGACAACACUCCUCCCAGCAGAGACAUCAUCCUACACCUGUUGUCCCUCCUGAUGGUGGAGUCCCGCUCACUCCCUCAGAUCAAAGGGCGAGACCGGAGGUUCUUGACUAAGGCUCUUUCUCCCUUUGAUGACUCUGUCGAUAAAAAUCCAGUGGUGCGUUCAGUGGUACUGAAACUCCUGCUCAAGUACAGCUUUGAUGAUGUGAAGCACUAUCUUCAGCAGCAUCUGACAGAAGUUGAGCAAAGCAACAUCAUUGAGGAGACUGAUAAAACCGAGCUUUAUUCUUUGUACAUAAACUGUUUGGAGGACUCAAUGUAUGAUCGGACACAGUGGCAUUCUGUGGCGGAGCAGCAGGCCUGUUUACAGGAGGAAACUCGUUUUCUGCUGGAGUUCCUUCACUCUGAUGCUGUGUCUGCACACACUGCAUCUAUAGAGCAUCUGCAGCGGGUGGCCAGAGUUCGAUUGUGCCUGGAUAUGGCGGCUGACCUGCUAGUGAAUAGAGUGACAAGUGCUGGUGCACACGAUGAUCCUUCAGCUUUUAUCCCAUCGUUUUUGGACAGCGUGGUUAGUCUGUGCUGCCAAAUCAGGAAUGACUGGUACAGGGUUUACCUCAUCAGAAAGAUCUGCAGUCUUCAUGGGGUUGAAUAUGUCCAGAAACUUCUGACACAGGAAGGGUUCAAGUGGCUGUUUCCUCAGGAGAUUCUUGAGUCGAAUCAAGAUGACAGUCAAAUUGACCAGUAUCUAGCAUGUGGAAUGGACUACAAAACUGUUCGAGAUGCAGUAGCCAAAGCCAUGCUAGAUUGCAACAUGAAUGCAAUACAGAAAGCUAUUGAGAAGGAUUGCAACUGCACACCCAUGAAGAAAGCUGUUUAUCUGCUACUGGCUUUGUUCAGAGAAGUCACCGCCCUGUACAGAAGUGGAAACCCCAACAUGCACCCUAAACCUGAGCAAUGUGCUGGCCUUGAAGAUUUUAUCAGAAGCUCAGAAGUCUUUGUCAAUAAUGAAAUGAGAGCAUUUGCUCAAGCGCUGGUGAAAAAUGAUCUUCAUGCUCUGCGUGUACAACCACAGACGUCAGGCAGAGAAUUUGUGCUGGUAGAGGUUACAGUUCACAUGGCUGCAGUCCUGCUGUGUGGAAAUCUGCCUUUACUUAAGCCACUGCAGCAACUGGCACUGUCCCCAAACAACAUGAUGGCUUCAUUCAUCCCAACUAUGCCUGAUGACAUGUUGGCAGUUGCCAAGCAGGCCCUGGGACAACUUCAGUGGUAUUUCUGUCCUAAUGGUCAUCCAUGCACUGUUGGUGAGUGUGGUCAACCCAUGGAGGUUGGUCGCUGUCCAGACUGUCAUGCACCAAUAGGUGGCAUCAACCACAAUCCUGUUCAAGGUUUCCAAACCAUGCAGAUACAAGGGGACCGUACUCAGUCGGGACACAUUCUGGGUGAUGCGCAGCGUCGUGACCAACCUGACAUGCAGGACACUAAGAAUAUGUCACCUGCCCCCUUCGCUCUUCUCAGACUGCUCACACACAUGUCCAUGCUGCUGGGAGCUCAGAACAACCCACAGAGUGUCAGGCAGAUCAUCAAGCCUGCUGUGCUGGAUCCUGGCCCAUUCCUGAUGACCCAUCUUUUGAAGGACAUGGAGCAACUAAGCAGAGCUCUAGGCAAAGGGCUGGAUGAUACAGUCUGUUCAAUCCAUUUGACCAUCCACCGUCUACUGGAUCCCCAUCAGACCAGCCAGUGGCCUGUUACUUACGAUCCAAACCUUUCCACUAAAGAUGCAAGAAAUGGAUGGGAAAAUGCCAUGAAUACUGAUGUCAUCACACAUCAGCUGAAGGUUUUGGAGCAUCAGCUAAAGGAAGUGAAUGCCUUCAUCAGGAAAGAUGAGCGAGUGUCUUCUAAUCCAGUGAUGAAGUUGACAUUUGGGGAGCCAGGGCUUUUCCUUCGCUCUCUGCCCCAGAACUCCCUCAUCCAUAAUUCAUCCAUCUGGAGCUGCAGAAGGAAGGUCUCAACGUUGAGUUUGACCCACAUUGUGGAGCAAAACAGUGGCCGGGACACCUUGCCAGUGCUCUGGAGGUUCCUUCAGAGGGAAGCAGAGCUACGGUUAGUGCGGUUCCUUCCAGACAUAUUGGUUCUCCAGAGGGAUUUGGUAAAAAAGUUCCAGAACAUGACAGAGCUAAACUACAACACUAUUGGAGAGUUCCUGCAAAAUCAGAAAGCAGCUUCACUCACUGCUUGGUAUGAAAAGCGCAUAAAAAUCUUUAUAUCAACUUGGAACCAAAUCAGGGUAUCUCUGGCUACCACAGGAGAGAUAAAGCUGCCGGACGAUUACACUCGGGAGGAUCUGGGUUUGGAUGCAGACAUGCAGGUGCUGCUGCCGCAAAGAAGCGGCCUGGGCCUGUGCUCCACUGCCCUCGUCAGCUACCUCAUCACCCUGCACAAUGACCUCAUCUACACUGUUGAAAAAUACACCAGAGAGGAGUCUGGUUACACGGUAAGCCCAGGUGACCUGACGGAGAUGCACGUGAUCCGUUAUGAGUAUGAGCGGGAUGUGCUGCCAUUGGUGCUGUCCAACUGCCAAUAUAGGAUGGAGCAUGGGCAGGAAACCCUGGCCGAGUACGACCUGCCCAAGAUUCAGCAGCAGAUCCUCACCCGCUUUCUACAGGGCAAACCACACAUCACCCUUAAUGGUAUUCCGACACUGGUGAACAGACAGGACAGAAAUUAUGAGAUCAUAUUUAAAGAUGUUAAGGGCAAAGUUCAACAAGAGUCGUUGCAGCCUCUGACACAGUACGACCUCGUGAAGGAGCUGCAGUCCUACAGUGACGUGUGUGAGGCCCUGUCCACAGUCGAACUGGCCCUGGGUUUCCUCGCCAUGACGGGGGGAGAGCCACACAUGCAGCUGAGCACUUAUUUGAAGGAGGUGCUACAGAUGACUGACCACAUGGCCCCACAUGUCUUCAAGGCAUUAAGUAGGUGCAGCCUGAAACACUGUGUGGCACUGUGGCAGCUGCUCAGCUCUCUGAAAUCUGAGACAAUGCUACGUCUGAAGAGGGACCCGUUUGUGGGCAUCAGCAAAGAGUACAGACGUCCUUUGCAGGAGGAACACAAGAGGCUGCUCACUAGUUUUUUCACUAAGUCCAGCGCUGAUGCCUUCCUGUUGGAGAUGCAUGAGUUUCUGCUUUUGGUCCUGAAGAACCCAAAAGCUACGGACACCUUUAGGCCUGACUGGGGUCUUAAAGACACUGUUGUGUCCUACAUGGAGCGUAAAGAUCUGGGCAUUCCUCCUGAGGUGGAUGAGUUCUUCCCUGAAGAGAUCCUGCUCUCACAGUACACAGACACAUGGAAGUUCUCUGUUCUUCUCAGACAAGAAAGAAACCAAAUAUAGAUUCUGUAUGAAGUACUUCUGUUGUCUUACCCUAAUAGUCACUCUCAUAUCAGGGAAAACUUAGAAAUUAUUUACAAAUGACAUCAGUACAAACUUGUGAAAACAGUGCCUUUUGUGCACCUGCAUAUUUGCUCCCUUAUAUAAAGCAAUUUAUACUGUAAUAUUAAGGUACAAUCUGUCAAAGUAAUCUCUCAGAUAAUUAGCAAGUACAAUACAACUUAUUACAAAGUAUAGAAAGUUCAAAACAAUCAUAAGUGUAACUUUUUUGCUGUAACUUUUUUUCUCUGUUUUGUUUGAAAGUUGCCAACAAUUGCUUCACCAUCCCUUCUUUAUUUGUUUACUUGUUACUUUAAGAUACAUACACACUCAUUUAAGAAUGUGAACUGUUGAUUGUUGAAAUAUACACUCCACAUCAUGAGCCCAGACCUGGAUGCACUUAUAUCCAUGUCUUUGUUUUUGUCCAUAUUUUUGAUAGCAUGUUGUUUUUUUGGUUAAUGUAGUUACAUAGGUGUUCCAUAAAAAAUUAAAAUAUCUUUUACAGCUUUUUAGGGAUUUCUAACCUCAUUUUCCAUUGCAUUUUUUUCUGUGCUUUUACUAUCCUAAAAACAAUGUUUCUGUGAUCAACAUGUAUGCUGGAAAAAUGCUGUGAUGCUUUUUCUGUGACUAACAUGGAUUUGAAUAAAGAGUUA